UAUCUGAAAAACUGUUCAGUUUUGAUCCACCUUUCAUUCUAUUUCCACAACAUUCAACGUAAUUCGGAGUCAUGCUAAAAAAACUCCAUAUACAUAUCACAAUAUGUAUAUUUCUUUACAUAACCUCAACCGUAAGUGUAAGUUUAAAGUGUAGCUCAUCAAGGAGCAAAGACAGCUGCCAAUGUAAUGUGAAAUUCGACGAUUUGACUUCAAUGGCUUUAAUGGAAGCCAAGUGCCAAUAUCUGGAGUUGGAAGAAUUCCCUUCCUUCAGUUCAGAAGAAGUGAUAAGUUCCUUGGAUGUUUCUCACAACAACUUGAUUGAACUACGCACAAGCAACGUUCCCUUAAGCUUUGGUACCACUUUACUCUCCUUGAGUUUCUGCCAUAACUCUAUUUCUCAUAUAGAUAACGAUUUUUUUGGAUCUUUACCGCAUCUAGUUCAACUAGACUUGAGCCACAACGAUCUGAAGUCACUUGAACCAAAAGAACUCUUUGAUAAACUGGAGGAACUGCAAGUCCUCGACCUGAGUUACAACGAAAUAGAAGUGUUAUCCGAUGGGAUAUUUUCCAGUUUGAAGAAUUUGAAGAAGAUAAACCUCAGCUACAAUUCCCUGUACCAAGCACUGCAACACCCAGCUGCUUUGAUGGAUAAAUUACAGAUCAACCGAAACUUGAUACACUUAAGUAUGGACAAUGUUGGUGUUACCAGGAUACACUCGAAGUGUUGGAACGAUUUCCAAGCUCUGGAAUAUUUAUCCAUAGCAGACAAUCCAAUUGAUGUGGUACCCCGAACUUCCCCCUCUCUAGUAUACCUCGAUAUAUCCGGUACCAACAUAACAAACCUACACGAAAACGACCUGAAGUAUACCAAUUUGAAAACGUUGAAAAUGUCUAGGAUGGAAAACCUUACAAAUGUCAACCCUUACGCGUUCUUCAAUUUGGGUAAUCUGGAAACUUUGGUGUUGACGGAUUCUCAUAAGCUUGGUGAGAUCAGUGCUGUAGCUUUUGGUGCUUUAGACUUACAUACGUAUCCUAGAAAGUUGAGAAAAUUCGAUUUGGCAAGGAAUAGGUUGACCACACUGGAUGAAACUUUUAUGUUUAUCUUUAGAGAGAUGGAAGAGGCGGAUGUGAGCUUCAACCCUUGGACAUGUGAUUGCAGGCUGCUUUGGAUGAAGGACACUCGUAGGAAUAUGGUACGGAGGGAUGAAGUAAGAUGUGCUUCUCCAGAUGAUAUGACCAAUAGAUUGGCAUUGGACUUAGAACCUAGAGAUGUGCCAAACUGUUACCCUGAAAUCUACGGCAAGAAAUCCCAUCAAACUGCUCUACUUCUACUACUAAUGUUAGUGUUUGUUCUGAUAGUUGUAAUUGUAUAUCUCUGUCUCUACUCCCCAAGUUGGUCAAAAAAAAUAGGUUCUGCUAAAAUGUCACCCGAUUCACCAUAUUCCAUAAAUAACGAACAAAUAUAAACAGUAUUUUUCAAAUUGACAAAUGAAAAACUUUUUCUUCUUCUAUAUCUUCGAUUUCGAAUAUAAGUAUAAAAUUCUGUUUCCUUAACAGUGUUAGCGACCAUGAAAUAAGAAAUAGACUUUUUUUUACCUCCUUUCAUGUCGAAUGAAUAUUUUUAUUGAACAGAAUUUUCAACAUGUUCAAUACAACUUCUUCAGGAAAAAAAUGUGUAUAAAGAUAAAAUUGAUUUAACUUUUUAUUUCAAAUUUCUCUCAUUCCAUUCACAAGAUAUUGUCUAGUUUCUUAUAAGAAUGGUAAAAUAUACUUCAGUGUUUAUCUGCUUCAAUAUAUCAUUUUAUAACAGUGUGCAAAUACUUAAGAUAGGCGUUAAAAGACAAAAACAUCAGAAAUUUUUAUGUUAAGAGUACUUUCAUUGAGAAAUAAUGAAUAUCAAUCUAUUCCAAGCUGAUUAUACAAAUAAGUUAAUUUGCAAAAUGUAAAAUUGAAAUUAAAAUAAAGGAGUAAAUUUUAA